UGUUUUAUACCACAAAAGUAAUUCAAAUGACCAUUUAGUAGAGUAAUGACAAAUAUCACAACCAUUUCAUUAAAUGAACACCUACCGCUCUCUUUUCUUCUCUGCCUAUGUGCAUGUAUGUGGACUCCCUUCUAGUGGAUAAAUUCAUUCACACAUAGAGGUGGUCUACUUGCCUUAUUCUCUCCUUCACAAUUCCACCUCUCUAUCUCUAUUUCUACCAUGGUUGCAAACAAUGGUUCUGGUGGAGCUUGGCCAGGGAUUGUUGUAAGCUAUAAGGCGUGCAGGCGAAACCAUGCAAUACCAAUUCUAGGCUAUGUUUUUAAUAGUUGUGGUGCUUUUGCAUCUGGUGGGAACCACUGGCUACAUGCAGCCAUGUUCUGUCAAGCCUGUGAUUGCCACCACCAUUUCCACAGAAGGGUGGAGCAGGAACUGCCUGUUGCCCCCCAUCACCAGCUUUCCGGGAUCAAUUGCCCCACAUCUAAUGUUGUUCCUCCACCACCUAUUAAUCCACAGCCAAGUGAAGGGCCAUCAGAAACAUUGGAUGGCGGGGAGAUCAAGGAGGCAACAAGGGCGAAGAAGAGAGUCCGAACGAAGUUUACACUGGCACAAAAGGACCAGAUGAGGGCUUUUGCGAACAAAUUGGGGUGGAAACUGAGGGGAAACAACGGGGAAGAGAUACGCCAGUUCUGUUCAGAGGUUGGAAUCACUCAUCAAGUCUUGAAAGUUUGGAUCAACAAUAACAAGCGCCAGAUGAAAACUGGGCAAACAUCGUUGAGCUCCAAGUCCACCUAAUUCCAAGAGCCAAAGCUUGAUU